UUGAUGGGCUAUGGCGACGUGUAACAUGAAUUGUUUUUGAUAUUCUUCUUGAAAAUAAUUGGGUUUGAGCCCGAAAGCAAUAAAACUUCCUUUGUUAUUUUGUGUUUUCUAAUACAGUUUAAGAAAUUUAAUUAGAAAAUCAUGAAUUAUAAUAAUUCCAGUUCACGACGAGGAAAACCAAAAAGAUUACUUGAUCCAUCUGCUGGUUUAUCUCCACCACCAUCAAUACCUCAAAAUCCAUAUAUGUAUAAUCAACAGAUUCCUAUGGAUAAUGGUAUGAUACCAGAAUAUGGUUUCAAUGUACCAGAACAACAGCCUCCGCCAUAUGGAUUUAAUACAGUACCAAUGCAACAUUAUUCAUCUCCUGAAGGUCAUGGCGAUGAUUAUUCAUCACAAUUUGCAACACAAUUAUUAACACAACCAAUAGUUACAAAUAUGGCUGUGCAAUAUGGAAAUACUUUAGUUGGUUCUGGAAAACAACAUUUUGAAAGAUAUGUGCCAGUUACAGCUUUGAAAUAUUAUUUUGCUGUUGAUACAGAUUAUGUUAUGUCAAAACUGUCUUUAUUAUUUUUUCCUUUUACUCAUAAAGACUGGUCUGUGAAGUACGAACAAGAAGUACCACAACAACCACGUUAUGAAAAGAAUGCACCAGAUCUAUAUAUUCCAACUAUGGCAUUCUUAACAUAUAUAGUUCUGGCUGGAAUAGUUUCAGGAACUCAGCAACGUUUUAAUCCAGAACAGUUAAGUAUUUUGGCUAGUUCUGCUCUUGCGUGGGAUGUCAUAGAAUUAGUUGUACACAUUGUAAGCCUUUAUGUGAUGAAUCUCGAAACAAGUCUUUCAACAUUAGAUAUAUUAGCUUACUGUGGUUAUAAGUAUGUUGGUAUUAAUGCAGCUCUUUUGGUUUCAUUAUUAUUUCGAAAAUUUGGUUAUUAUAUAGUUUGGCUAUAUACCAGUAUAUCUUUAGCAUUUUUUCUUAUACGGUCAUUAAAAUUAAAGGUCAUUCCACAAAACCAGGGCGCAUACACAGCUUCUGGUAAUAAAAGGAGACUCUAUUUUAUACUAUUUGUAGCAGGCAUUCAACCUAUACUAAUGUGGUGGUUAUCAUAUCACUUGCUUUAAUUGGUAAUUACAUAAAUUGAAAUACGUUUGAAGAAAACGAAAUGUGUAUAUUUAUUUGAUUAUUCACAUCAUAUGUGCAUUUUUAUAAUAAAAAUUUCUUCAAAAGAUUAUUCAUUAUUCAUUAAAU